AUGGCUGCAAGGGUUGCGGCAGCCUCGGUGUCGAGAGGGGUUAGGAAUUUUGAAGACGACGUCACUGCGGUGGCGGCGGUUGUUACCGUCGCGGGCGGAGGUGGCCAAGGUGCCCCAAAUCGCCCAUCGCCGAAUAAGCCAAGCUUUACUGGAGCUGUACACAUUCCCGGCGGUAUCCAGUGCCGCGUCGCCGCCGACGGGAAUUGUGGCAGUGGCGGCGGUUUCAUGUGCUCUUUCCUCAGUCCCGUUAAGAACCUGAUCUCGGUGGGUAUUGAACCAGGUGCUAUUGCCGACAUUGUCGCUGCCGGAGCUUCCAGAGCUACCACCCAAAGGUCUGGCAUCUCCGUCUUCGUUGCCGCCGGAAGGGGCGUAAUCGCCAGGGCCGCCGCUGGAGGGCCCGCCGCCGCCGCUACCGGUGUCGUGCGUGUCUUCCUCUUGUUCGCUGCCGGCGUGGACGAAGCCGUGGAACCUUGCGCGCGAAGCAGCGAAGCAGCGAAGCAGACACCGGAGGACGCCUGA